AAAGAACAUUGAAAAAAUAAUUAACCCAUAGGCUUAGCAGGCUUUCACGUGGAAAGUGGUCUCAUCAUUGCUCCCCUCAGACCUGAAAACAAAUUUCAACUCCCGAUCAAUAUAUCCGUUUAAGAUGCUGCAAAAAUCUUCUCGCGAGCUCAAAAUCUAGUAGCUCUAAAACUCCGAUAUUUUCGUUUAUUGUGAGUAGAUUGAAGCAGCAGCUGUAGCGAGAUUGGUUUUGAUUAGUCUCAUUAUAAAAAAAUUCCGCUUUUGGUAUGGUUUCGUAUAGCUUUACUUCAAACUCUGCUCAUUUUUCUCAUCGACAUCGCUGACAGCACGACACGUUUUGUGCAGAAUCUUGAGGAACUCUUCUAUUUGAUUAGGAAAUGGUCAUAAAUAUGUAAGCCAAGUUCCUUAUAAUUUAAGUAUAAGUUUUCAAAAUGUUGGAUGAUUGGGCUUCUUUGCAUUCUGCUUCAGAAAGUGGAUCUCAUACCAUCAAUGAGUAUGCUGAGACUUACGGUAUUUCUGGAGGACAGAAGAAUACAGAGAGCCAUAUUUUUUCAGUAGACACACUUGAACGAUAUGCAUCCAAGGGUCAUGGAGUUAUAACAUGCAUGUCAGCGGGAAAUAAUGCUAUACUUGUUGGAACAAAUAAGGGAUGGCUCGUUCGAUAUGAUUUUGGAGGUGGAGACAAUUAUGAGCUUGAUCUCUCCAUUAGCCGUACUGGGGAUCAAAUUGUACAUAGAGUCUUUGUGGAUCCUGGCGGGAAGCAUUGUUUGGCUGUUGUACUUAGUAAUGGAGGAGCUGAAACAUUUUACACACAUGCUAAAUGGAGAAAGCCUCGUAUUCUGAGCAAACUGAAGGGUCUUGUUAUAAAUGCUGUAGCUUGGAAUAGGCAGCAGAUUUCAGAAGCUUCAACACGAGAUAUAAUUCUUGGGACAAUGGGAGGUCAACUUUAUGAGGUUGUUGUUGAAGAAAAGGACAAGAAAGAGAAACAUCUUAAGUUGCUAUUUGAAUUGAUUGAGUUGAAAGAACCCUUUGUGAGUUUGCAGAUGGAAACAAUUGCUACAGGUGGUACAACUCGCUAUUAUGUAAUGGCUUCUACUCCAACCAGGCUUUAUACGUUCACUGGCACGGGAUCUUUGGAUGCUGUGUUUGCUGUAUAUGCUAAUCGUAGUAUGCAUUUUACAGAACUUCCUGGUGAAACACCAAGCAGUGAACUUCAUUUCUUUGUCAAGCAACGACAGGCAGACUUUGCAUGGCUAGCUGGGGCAGGGAUAUACUAUGGUAAUCUGAAUCUUGGUGCACCACAAAGCUCAAGCAAUGGAGAUGACAACUUUGUGGAAAACAAGGCCCUUGUAGAGUAUUCAAAAUUAGAAAAAGAUCGAGAAGGAAUAAAACCACACUCACUUGCACUAUCAGAGUUCCAUUUCUUGUUGCUUUUUGAAAACAAAGUUAAGGUUGUUAAUAGAGUAAGCCAAAAAGUGAUAGAAGAGCUGCAGUUUGACCGAGAAUUUGAUUCAAGUUCUAGAGAAAUUCUUGGACUUUGCAGCGAUGUUACAGCUGGUGUAUUUUAUGCUUAUGAUGAAAACUCUAUUUUUGAGAUAUCUGUACAUGAUGAAGGCCAAGAUAUGUGGCAAGUUUAUUUAGACAUGAAGGAAUAUGCUGCUGCUUUAGAACACUGCAGGAACACAUUUCAGAGAGAUCAAGUAUACUCAGUUCAGGCUGAGGCUGCCUUCUCUACUAAGGAUUUCAUGAGGGCAGCUUUCUUUUAUGCAAAGACAAAUUAUAUCUUGUCAUUUGAGGAAGUUGCAUUAAAAUUUGUUGCUGCAGGCGAACAGGAUGCAUUGAGAACCUUUUUGCUAAGGAAAUUAGACAAUCUUGGCCGUGAGGACCGUUCUCAAAUAACGAUGAUCUCUACAUGGGCAACUGAGUUGUACCUUGACAAGAUUAAUCGUCUACUUUUGGAUGAUGACAAACAAAGUGGUGGAACAUCGCCUUCUUCGAAUGAAAUUAACACCAAGUACCAGGAGACACUUCGGGAGUUCAGAGAUUUUCUUAGUGAUUGUAAAGAUGUUCUUGACGAAGCAACAACUGUCAAACUAAUAGGGAGCUAUGGAAGGGUAGACGAACUUGUGUUUUUUGCUAGUCUUAAGGAGCAACAUGAGACUGUAAUCCACCAUUACAUUCAGCAAGGAGAGACUAGAAAAGCUUUGGAAGUAUUGCAAAAACCAAAUGUUUCUCCAGAGUUGCAGUACAAGUUUGCACCAGAUCUAAUCAUGCUAGACCCAUAUGAAACUGUUGAGUCGUGGAUGGUUACAAGCAAUUUGAACCCAAGGAGAUUGAUUCCUGCAUUGAUGCGUUAUUCCAGUGAACCCCAUACAAAAGAUGAGGCACAUGAGGCUAUCAAGUAUUUGGAAUACUGUGUCUCGCGGCUCCAAAAUGAAGAUCCUGCUGUGCAUAACUUGUUACUUUCCUUGUACACAAAACAGAAAGAUGAAAGUGCACUCUUACGCUUCCUUCAAUGCAAGUAUGGAAAAGGUCGAUCUGGCAGACCAGAUAUAUUUUAUGAUCCUAAGUAUGCUUUACGUCUUUGUCUGAAAGAGGGACGAAUGCGUGCUUGUGUUUACAUCUAUAGCAUGCUGGGCAUGCAUGAAGCAGCUGUUGCUCUGGCAUUGCAGGUAGACCCAGAGCUAGCAAUGGCAGAGGCAGACAAAGUCGAGGAUGACGAAGACCUGCGAAAAAAGCUUUGGCUCAUGGUUGCCAAGCAUGUAAUUGAGCAGGAAAGGGGGACAAAACGAGAGAACAUUCGAAAGGCAAUAGCCUUUCUCAAGGAAACAGAUGGCCUUCUAAAAAUUGAAGAUAUAUUACCUUUCUUCCCAGAUUUUGCUCUGAUUGACGAUUUCAAGGAAGCCAUAUGUUCAUCCCUGGAAGACUAUAAUAAGCAAAUUGAGAAACUGAAGCAGGAGAUGAACGAUGCAACUCAUGGAGCAGACAGCAUCAGACAAGACAUCAGUGCUUUGGCACAAAGAUAUGCAGUUGUUGACCGUGAUGAAGAAUGUGGGGUUUGUGAACGAAAAAUAUUGACUUCAAGAAGUGGACUUGGAGUGGCUAGGGGUUUUACAUCACCCAUGGCGCCAUUUUAUGUUUUUCCUUGUGAACAUGCUUUUCAUGCACAAUGUCUUAUUGGGCAUGUCACGAAGCACACAGAUCCAACUGAGGCAGAGCGCAUACUUGAUCUGCAGCGGAGGCUGAGUUUAGCUGUGAACUCAGGGACAACCCUCAAUUUAGAAAGAACGUCAAGCAUUGCAGAUGAAGAAGCACAAGUCAGCACCAGAUCACCCACAGAUCAGAUUCGAGCACAGCUUGAUGAUGCUGUGGCUGGGGAAUGCCCAUUUUGUGGAGAGUUGAUGAUAAAGGAGAUCUCCUUGCCUUUUAUUAUGCCCGAGGAAACAGAACAUGUAAUGUCAUGGGACAUAAAAGGUGGUACAUUUUCACGAGAGUAUGGUUUAACAUAAAGAGCUCUCUGGGAGAAUGGUUCAAAUCGUACCUUUGAAAGCUACAAUCAGCAUUGAGUCAGAUUGGUUCAGCAGAAACAAUAUGUAAAAAGUUAUAUGAUUUAUUUGGGAUAAAUGUAUGGUUUACAAUCCAAGUUUGAGUUUUGGAAUGGUCAAGUAUACACAACUUCAUGACGAUGCGGCUACAUUUCAAUCAGCUGAAGAUAUAAAUACUGAGUUAACAGGGAUCCACCUGGAGACAGCGAGGAAUAUGUUAUUUCCUUGAGAUGUUCCUCUUUCGCCUGAGCAGUGAAUGUUUGGUCUUUUUAUGCAGUAUUGGGGAUUUGAAUUGAGAACAAUAAAUGCUUUGUUCGUCACCAUUUGGAUAUGAUUGAGUUGUGAUCGGGCAAUCUUGGAUUUUCUAACUAAUGAAUUUUUGCUACAGAACCAAAUUUUCACCUUUCACAAGCAUAAGCAUUGAGAUAGUUAAGCCAUCAAAAAGUUCAUAAGAUUAUUUAUUAGUGUUUUCCAUAUUUAAAUUGAAGCACAAAAUUAAAGUGAUAUAUUCAAUUUAACAGUGUGUAUCUAAUGGUUAAUGUCGAGAUGAUGUAAAACGUGCUAUUAAAAAACACAUAUAAGGAGUUGUUAUUGAGUAGUUUAAACUUAA